AUGCUUCUUGUUUCCUUGUUGCUCGAAUAUGCCACCAAGUUCCUCAGAGGCCCACUGGGAGCCAAACCCCGACAUAUCAACAUCGAGGAUGGAGAGGAGCCCGGAGUGGCGUACGAGCUCGUGGAUGAUGCCAGACGCGACCCGAGGCUGACGGUCACCGAUCCCUCUGGUGUCAACACUAUACCAUCGACCUGCGAGACUAUGCCUGGCGCGCGAGCGGGCACCAGAUCUGCAACACCCCAAAGCGAAGGAGGAAAGGAAGGCGGCGGAGAAACUUCUGCUGAAAGCAGGAAACGACGCAACCACAAAUACAAAGUCCUUUUCGGUCUUGCCUUCCCCUUUGCGCUCCAAUCACCGGACACCACCAUCAUCGCUUCCGCACUUCCAUUCAUCGCAGCUGAUUUCGGCCAAGUCCAGCAGCUGAACUGGAUAGUCUCCGUCUUCAACCUAACAGCCGCCUCCUUCCUCCCGUUCUGGGCCUGUUGUUGGAGGACACCUUACGCAGGUCAACUGGCGGUGGUGCUUUGCUAUUAA